AUCGUUUCGUGAAUCAUCCAGUCGGAAUGAACAGAGUGAAGAAAAGGCGAGAGUUACAUCUGUGUGCAAAAUUCACGAAAAAGAUCUUUACAAAAGGUGCAAUCGAUCAGAAUUUAAUGAGAUUAUCUCAUUGAUCUUGAUAAAAAUUUAAACUUGAUAAGAUUAAAUUUUCCUGUGUGCGAAAAAUAAUCAGUCAGUGCGACUGACUUUACUUUUGCGUACUGCAUUUCUCGGCCGAAAACGAAGUUACAUUUGUGCAAAUUGUGAAAAAACGGAUUUCCGUUUUUUGUCACGCACUUCGUUUUGUUCGUGUUUCGUGCAAUAUAUAUAUAUAUAUUUCGGAAACAAUAAACAUUCUAUAUUUUCAGUAAGUGCGUUUCUUCUCUGAAACUUGAAUAUCGGAGCGUUCGAUAAGUAAAUCCUUAUCGAUUUCAUCUUCCGAUUGAACGAAAUAAACAAGACAUUUGAAUUCAUUCGAUCGAUGGUGACAAUUUCGCUGGAUAACGCAAGACGAUAAAACGAAACUCUCCUAUACUCGCAUCUUCACAAAACUAAUACAUAAAUUAAUUAGAAAUAUAUAUACACGUAGAAUAUCUUUUUUUUUUUGUUUCGUUCGCUCGUUUUGAAAUAUCACUAUGGAUUGCGAGAUACCUCGCGACUUACAGAUGUCUCAUCUACGGGCGAUUCAAAAAGUACCGGGUAAUACCGCUAAUGAGAAAUUACGUUGGAUCGGAAAAUUGACUUUGCACCAGACGAGCAAAGAUCUGGAACAAUUUCCGUCAGAAUUACUGCCUAUAUUGCGUGUGGGAACUGCCAUCAAGAAGAAGAAGCACGAGGAUGUAACAUCGGCGCUCAAGUGCGAAGACUCGACAAUAAUAAACCGGGCAUUUAAAGCCUUCUGGUUUUUCGAUGGCAGCCACAAGAAGAUCAUUAACGUCAGGUAUUUCUGCGAACAUCUGUUCCCUUACGUUUCUGUAAACACAAGGACACGUAUUGUGCUAACACUCGCGCAUCAAUUAUCCGGGAAGGAUCCAGUUUUCGCGCAGGAAAUAUUUGCAGAAGUGACAUCUAUUUACGGGAUUCAAAUCGCUUAUCCGUUGCUCAUGGCUUGCGACGAGACUUUCAUUUAUAAAAUAAUCGUGGAGAAGGAAUUCGUGCUGCCUGAUAAAAUUCUUACAAAGAUCUUCUACAGGAAUCCGGAUUUGGUAGUUCGUUUUCUGAAAUUAUUGAAACCUCGUGAAUUGAACGAGACUGAGCGCACUCCAUUCGCGAUCGGCAUCGAUAGAUACAAAUCUUUCCUCCCUAAAUUAAUAAAGAAACGACUGGAGGCUUUCGUGGAACUGUGUGAGAUUCACGAGACUCAUCCGCCGGAUAUUAUUUUGAGCAACACGUGCGCCGAAAUAUUCCUGAAGAAAGCUCAGCAACACCUGAUACAAAAGCCGCUUGUAUAUAUCCGCAUGUUACCAUUCAAAAAAAUUAAUGACGAUUUAAUGGAGAGAGUAUUUCCUGGUUUACUGCCCGCGAAAAUGUCUUCUUUCGAUACAGAUAGUAUGCUUGAUUACUUGAAACAUUAUCCACGUGAUAAACAAUACGAUCUACUCCGUAAGUCAUACAAGGAUAAAUACGAUGCCGAAUUUCUCGACGAGACAAAAAAUGUCACGCCUGCCUUAUUACAAUUAUUACCUACCGAGGAACGGAUCAAACAGGCUAGAAUUAAAAUCGAGAAGCAGAACUUAGAGAAUGAUCAUUGUAAAGAUACGAUGGAAUAUGAAACAGUUUGGACUUGUUAUUUACCUGUUAACGAAGUCAUACCGGUUAUCAAAGAAAAAUUAAAUAAAACUAAAGAUGAAACAGAUAGAAUCGGUCUCCUUUUGCAAAUGAUUUAUGUUUGUAAUGUUAAUAAAGAUGAUGAUGCGUUGUUCGAUACUUUGACAUAUUUUUUAAAUAGGCAUAAAAACGAAAACUCUUGGGUAUUCCAACAAAUAUUCAAUCAACUUUUACGAAUAUACGAUUUACCUCAUUUAAAUGAAAAGCUGAUUUCUCUUAUACUAGACAUCGUUCGAUUGUUUUAUGUAAAAAAUGAAUUCGUGCCGGAAGAAAUGCUCUUGGCUAUAAUACAUUUCAAACUUAUACACAAUAUGCCAAUCGAGGAAUUGAUCGAUAUGUUUCUAGAGAAGAAUCGAUGGUACAUAAAUUUUAACGUACUCAAAGAAUAUCCACAGUAUGAGAGGCAGUGUCUCGUAACUUUCGCAAAUCAAAUUGAAAAGAAAUCUUUUCAAGAGAAUGAUGAAAACAAAAAUAUUCUUUGCCAAUUUUUUGUAGCAAUAUACGAUUUUAACAACAGGUGUAAAAAAUCGUGCGUUAAAAUAGAAGAAAUGACAAUUAGGGAUUAUCCUUGGUUAAUGAAUGUUAUUCACGAAGUAAUACGUGUAGAAGAAGAUUCUUGGAACAUGAAAAAUAUAUUGCAGAAGAAUGAACCAGAACUGUACUGCAGUUGGUUUCCUUCAAAUAUCGCGAAUGUAACAUCAGGCGCAGCGCUCGCUCUAUUGAAACGAGAUUUACAAAACAUACUUGACAAUUGGGAAAAAUACUUGGAAGACUGCAUGAAAAACUAUCAUUCAAAAUAUGUACAACACUUCGUCAGAGCCACGCGAUGGUACAAAGAUUUACCCAUUAAAUUUGCUGAACGUUGCAUGAAAUAUGUGUGCGAUAAUAGUACAGAUGAAAUAUCAUCUAGCCUAGUUAUCUUGGCCCUUUUACUUCAUGGUGAUGAGCUGACAAAACUAAUCGACCCUUUCACACCCACAGAAACAACGAUAAAUACCGAUCAUCCAAAUGCCAAAGAUAACUAUAAAAUUAUACAAAAUUUACCGUUAAGCAUGAGACUUUCCAAUCCACCAAUAUCUCUCGAUCUCGUAGUUAGAUUGUGCGUAGGAGAUUACUUGUCAAUAGCUUUGAUGACGCUCAUAAACGUAAGUAGGCGAACUUCUUCGCCUAAAGUUAUAUCAAUCGCACAAAAGUUGAUGAGUAUGCGUGUAAGUACACGUAAGCACGGGGUUAGGCUGAUGUACUUGGUAGCUACUAUGCAUGAACUUAUAGACUUUCUCCAGAAAACAUGGGCAACCGAGAACCAUCAUUCAGUACGACAAGUUUUAUUCGAGGCAUUCCAGAAAUGUUUUCUCACAAAACCAAGUCCCGAAACUUGGUCCCUAUAUUGUCAAACUAUGUCGACGUUGAGUCUCAAUGACGAAGCAUUGCUUUUGGAAAUAAAGCUGUUUCCCGAGAUCCCCAAUGAAUACGUCGUAAGGUAUCUCGAUCUAUGGCUCAAAACGAUAGACGAUUUUCAAGGAAUGGGACUGGAUGAUCAGAAAACAAACAAAUACAUUGUCAAUUUCUUAGCGACGCUUACUUUGACAACUAUCAGGUUAGGAAAACUGUCACAACCGCGAAAUACCGCGAUACUUGUAUUUUUAUGCAUGGUGGAAGUUACUGGUAAAAUGUUGAGCAAAAAGCCAAUUCGAACUUAUCAGAGAAAACCUACAAAGAAACCUUUUAUAAAUUCAUCUGCUGUAUCAAGUGAUUUUGUGGGAAACAGUCGUUUUAGAAAUGAAUUGUUUAAUGACUCUUUAAAUUAUGAUCCAUUCGAAACGACAUUUGACAGACUUGCCAAAGAAGUAGUAAUACCUCCUAUGCCAUUGGAUACAAAUCAAAAUGAUUCAUGGAAAAGCAGUAGCAGUGAUGGUGAUAUUACUGCAACAAGUCUAAAAUCUGAACAUAUAGAUUCUGAUCUUAUACACAAUAGUACACCUAGUUCAAUAAAUGUUAACCAUAAAUUGACUCGUAAAUGCAGGAAACAAAAAAAAUCUGAAUCAGAAGUUAUGGUUUCUAUAGGAAUGUUGUCUAAAAAAACAAAAAAAAUGUCAGUUAAAGAUAAAACAUACUUAGGAAAAGCACAGGGGCAGAAGAGACAAGCAAACAAGAUAAAAAAAAAGAAAGAGCUAAAAAAUAAGUCUAAGCCUAGUCAUGCAAUGAACAGAAAUAAGUCUAAGCCUAGUGUAUGCAAUGAACAGAUAUCUCAUAUAAAUUCUAAUGCUCUAGAUAAUUUGGAAGAUGUCUCAUAUAAAAACGAUAUUUUAUGCAGCAAUACUCAUGAAUCUUUGCUACAAAAUGUUUUAAAGAUUGACAAAACAAUUACAUCACAAAAUCAAUCAAUUAUAAUUAAUGAAUUCAUUGCUGAUUUUAAGCAUAACUAUCAACAAAUCAUCAAACCAUGUUUUGUUAAAUUAAAUGCUUGUACUGUGCAGAAUUACACAUUGAAUCAUGAAAAGUUUUUAGAAAAUAAGCAAGAUACAUUGCAUGAUACAAAAUUCUUGUUACAAGAUACUUUACAAACUAAGAAAAAUAUUUCUAAAGUACAAAGUACUGUUUCACAAUCAAUCUCAAAUGAACAUAAUGAGUUUAAUGACUUUAAACAUACGUUAGUUAAACAUUGUUCUGUAGCAUUGUGCAAUAAUAUUGUUAAAGAUCGGCAUGCAUUACAAAGUAAAAGAAACAUGGAAGAUACUAUCAAUAUAAAAGAUAAACCAAACAUAUCACAUUUGGUUUUCAGUAACUCGUCUGAAAUUAUUCCAAACUGCAACAAAAGUAUUGAACUUACAUCAUAUGAUACAAAGAAAAAAAGAGAUCUAAUAAAAAAUAGUUUUGUAAAAGUGGAAAGAUUAGAAAUAGGAGAGUUUGCAAAAGAAAAUAAUACAGUAUUUGAAAAAAAGCCUAACAUAUUUUCUAGCACUCCUUUUAACAAACGAGUCAAACCUAGUUUAGUAGUAUUAUCUCCUAUUAAGUCUAAUAUUUAUAACAAAUCACAUUGGAGUCAAGAAGAUUCAUUAGCAACUACAGAAGAAGAUAUUUCCGACAUUGAUCAGAAAAAUUCUCAUUCUUUAUUUACGAUAUCGGAAGAUUCUAAACUCAAUUCUACAGAUGUACAGGAACAGCAAAUACAAAUUUUAUUGUCCCAGAAAUCACAAACUACAAAUUCUGUUGUUAAAAAUGGAGUGAUGUCUUACAAGAAUGAUGUUCAUGCAGAUGUUACUCAAAAAUAUGAUACAGAAUGUGAUGUUAAAACGGAAAUUCCGUAUUUAUUAAAUAUAUCUACUUGUCAAUCACGAUCAUUAUUUGAUGAUACAACAUAUAGUCACAAUCAUUCGCCGAAAGAUAUAAAUAAAGAUAAAAUAAAAAAGGAACGUUCUGAUACGCGUAAAUUUAUAGAAACUAUAUUUAUAGAUUCAUCCAUUGACUUAUGUUUAAAACAAAAGCAAUUAUCAAGUAAUAAUAAAGCUGAUGCAAGCUCACCGUAUGUAUCACCUUCCAAAGUAUGUUCAACAUUCAAAGAUUUAGAUAAUAUGCAAAAAAAUAAAUUUCAAGAAAAUCAUGAUAUAACAGAAAUAAAUAUAAUAGAAGCAAUUCAUGAGAGCCUUAAAGAUAAAACUGUUAAUAAACACAGUUUAUUUGAUAAAAGUCAAGAUAAUAUUAACAUGAAUGCUCGUGUGCUGCUUACACGAUUACAUGAUCCGAUUAGAAUAGGAAGAAGAAUGCAAUAUCCUAAAUGGCAUUUAAGCAUGUCAAAUAUUUCCGAUAGUGUAAAUAAUGAAGCCGUACAAUCAAACAACGAAGUUCACUAUGGUACAAUUGACAAAGAUCUUUCUAAUGUUCAAUCAGCACAUAAUUCUGAGCAUUCUAAGAAUGUAAAUUUGUCUCGCAAUCAUUUUAAAUCCUUGACUCAACCGUAUAGUGACACAAAUGAACAAAUGAAUCAAUCUGUUUUUUUAAAACCGGGCAAGUAUUGGGCUAGAUCUUUGUCAAUAUUAAAUAAUGUAAACGAUGAAUCUAAUUUAGACAAAUUAAGUAUCGGAAAGGGGAAAAAAUGGAGGCACAGCGUCAAAAAUGUACUGGAUAUGCAAAAACAAGGAAUUUUUCAAAGUUGUUUGAAAAAGGAUAACGAUGAUACGAAUUUAUCUAGCGACAAGUUUAACAUAUCAAACGCAUCAUCGUUUAACAGUAACAAAUGUAAAGAAUUUGAUUUAGCGAGUUAUCCUAGGUUUUCUAAAAGAAUCUCUGUAAGAGUUGUACUUAAUAGUACAAACACUAAGUGUGAAAUCAAAGACACUCCAUUUCUUGAGGCAUUUGGAAUAACUGCAGAAAAAUCUUCAAACUCGAAAUUAUCAUACUGGGAAAAAUCAUUGAUACAUAACAAUCAAAUUAUCAAUAAUCAUUCCAGUAUUGCAAGAGAUGUUGUUUUACAGAGAUGUUCACAAAACUGUUAUAUUCCUUUUGAAGAUUGUUUUCCAGAUUUGUAUUUGGAACAUUGCCAUAAAAUAGGCGAAGGUGUUUAUGGAGAAGUUUUUCUUCAUGAAUGUGAAGGUAAAAAAUCUGUUAUAAAAAUUAUUCCUAUAGAAAAUGAACAAUUAGUCAAUGGUGAACCACAAAAGAAAUUUAAUGAAAUAUUGUCAGAAAUUGUGAUUGCAAAGGAAUUGGAUAAUCUAAAAGUAAAUGAUACCUAUAAAACUAAUGGAUUUGUAGAAGUUAAAAAUAUCAGCUGUAUUAUAGGAAAAUAUCCAGAAAAACUCUUAGAACUUUGGAAUAUUUAUGAUAAUCACAAAACGUCCGAUAAUGAUUGUCCAUCGAUGUUUGAUGAAAAUCAAUUGUAUAUUGCUCUUGAACUGAGCCACGGUGGGGAAGAUCUUGAAGCCUUUGUAUUUCAAACUGCGGAGGAGGCUUGCGCUCUAUUUUUACAGACUGCAUUGGCCUUAGCAGUUGCAGAAAAAGCACUUGAAUUUGAACACAGAGAUUUGCAUUGGGGUAAUGUAUUAAUAUCAAGAACAAAAGAGCAAUAUAUAUAUUAUAAUCUCGGAGGGAGAGAGAUCAAGUUUCCUAGUAAAGGUGUAAAGGUAUCUAUAAUAGAUUUUACUCUAUCGAGGAUGUUGUACCAAGGAUGUUGCAUAUAUAAUGAUCUUGCACUAGAUCCAGCUUUAUUUACUGCUCAUGGUGAAUAUCAAUUUGAGAUUUAUCGUCUUAUGCGCGACAAAAUUCAGAAUGAUUGGCGAAAAUUUGAACCGUAUACGAAUGUUUUGUGGUUGCAUUACAUUUUGGAUAAAAUGAUUACUGCGGUAAGAUACAAAAAGAAAAACUUGAAAGUUCACAAGCACGCUGUUAUUAGAUUAAAAGAAUUUAAAGAUAUAAUUUUAAACUACAAUAGUGCAUACGACUUUGUAAUCAAUUCUGAUAGCAUCGUGUAAUUAUGAUGCAAGCCUUUAU